AGGUUGCUCUGGUAGAGGUGGGGGGGUGGAGGAGGAGGAGAGACAUUUUUUCCCCGGUGUCCUCAGUUCAUUGAGUAACAUCUUCUCAUCCUAGCAGCGCCGUACGGGGCUGCUGCUGCUGCUGUGAGGACUGAUACAGGAGCGCUGACUGAGGAGGGAGGCACGUUUCCGGACCCGGAUCAUCUUUGCAGACUGCUUGUACACAAACCAGGAAGUCAGCAUGAACACUCUGUCCACUGACAAGAAGCCUCUCGUGGAUUACGGCGUCCAAAUCCGCUUCAUCAAGGACCUCCACGACACGGGCGGAGGUUAUCCUGAUAAAUCCAGAGGGAGCAACAGUGCAGCAUCUCCUUCCAAUAAGUACGGGGUGGCAGUGCACGUUCAGGGAAUCUCUGGACAGCCGUAUGUGGUCCUGAAGGAUGGCGAUAAAGGGGACUCUUAUGGAGUUCAGCUGAACAGCCCCAGCCCCAGCUCAGGGCCCCCUUCACCUUACAACAGCCUCCCCAAAACAAGUAAAGGACCAGCAGAAGUAGCAAGCACCUUUAGCCCUGCUGUAAAUGCAGCAUGCUCCCCCGUGUCUUCAGCAGAGGAGGAGGUAGCAGAGAUUUUUGGGAGCCCUCAUAAAAGACCUCCAGGGGAUGGCCAAGCAGGAACCCAAGGGGAGGAAGAGGGUAGAGCUGGCAGAACAGUUGAACCCAGGCUGAAAGCAGCAGCCAAUGAAGCAGAGAGAAACAGAGACAGGACUAGUAACGAGGAGUAUAACGAAGCAGGCCUGAAACGUGUCAAAAUAAACGGCAUGGGACCCAGAGGGUUCAAGCAAACUGGCCCUGGUUACACCGGCUCUUUGGGGAGACACAGCGGGAAAAAAAUGAGCACAGAGUUGUUCCCAAAACCUCCACCAUCAACUAAUGUGGAGCCAAUCCCAGAAAUUGACACCGACUCCCUGGCUCCCAUCAACAAGCUCAUCAGUAAGUUCAACAGUGGGACUCCAGCUAGCGCCCCACAGACCAGAGGCCGCUCCGGAGCGAGGCAGAGGCUCAGUUUUGACGAGCACAGGCGGUCAAGAAGUCUCGAUGCGAGAAGAGAUGUCCAGCCUGAGAUUCCCUCUCCGAGCUCUCCGACUCCGAAUCCCUACGCUGUUCCUCUGUCUACAUCCUCCAAGUUGUUGGCUGCAUCUGUCCCAGCGAGCAGCAGCCUGGGAAGCAGCCCUGCAUCUGUUUCCAGGGUGACGACAAUCGAGGCCCCGAAACCGAGCUUCAAGUCACCGGGGAAGUUUGUUGCAAAGGACAACCAUCCAGCCGUAGCCAAAAAGCCUGAGAUCACUCCAAGGAACCAAAGCAAAGUCAAUGGGGAGGAGGCUCAAGUGAAGCAAGCUGUUAACAACACCCUUAAAAAUGGCCCCAGUGAGAGUGAGGUGUUCCUCAAGAGAAACGUCAACCUCUUCUCUGAGACAAACGGCAGUUUUAAGGGAGGAUCUGAUGGGAGCAUCCAAAAGGGAAAACUCCAGGAACUUGAGGAGCAACUCAAGCGCUGCAAGAAAGAACUGCAGCAAGUCCAGGAUGAACUGGCCGAGGAGCGAAUGGACCGAGAAGGGGCGGAGUCUCGUAUGCGCCUACAGGAAGAUCAGCUGGCUGAGCUUCAGGAGGAGCUGAGGACGGUUUCAGAAAACUCUCCUAACUCAGUGCAGACGGACCUGAUGAAUCUGCAGGCCGACCUGGCUGAGGCUGCCAUGUUGCGUCAGCGCCAGGAGGAGAUCCUACGCCAGAGAGAGCGGGAGCUGACGGCCCUGAAAGGGGCGUUGAAAGAGGAGGUGGAGUGCCAUGACAGGGAGAUGGAGGCCCUGAGGGAGCAGUACAGCCAGGACAUGGACAACCUGAGAGCAACCAUGGAGCAGUUCACACAGUCCCAGGAGCAGAUAGAAGAGGAGCGGGAGAGGGUGAACGCCUCCAUGUUGACCCUGCAGGAAGAACUGGAGGGCCACAGAGAUCAGGAAGAGCAGUGGAAGAUGCAGCUGGACGACACCGCGCAGGAGCUGCAAAAUACCAGAGAAGAGCUGCUGAAAUCUCGUUUGCAGAGGGAUGAAUUUGAGGGUGAGCUGAAAGAUCUUAAGGACUCACUGCUCAGCGCGAAGAAACAAACGCCUGCCGAUAACUUGUCUUUAGCAGAGGAGCUUCGGCGUUGCCAUGAUGAUCUGAAGCGGGCUGGCGCCGAUCUGGACAAACAAAAGGGCGAGUUAGACGAGAAGAGAGAGACACUUCGAGCCCUGAAGAAAGCAAGUGGAGAGAAAGAGGCUGAGCUUCUGUCUGAGAUCAGCAGGUUGAAGGAGGAGUCGCAGAAAGACAAGGCCGAGCUGGAAAAGGCGCAAAGGAGACAAACAAGGUCAUCAGCCGGGUCUUCAGAAAAGACUGUGAUGGACCACAGCGCCAACCUGGAGCUCCAGGAAGCAAACACUCGCCUCAGAGAGAGGCUGGCCCGCAUGACGAGGCUUCACUGCAGCGCGCCCCGGAGCCCGGAGGCUGAGGAGGCAGUGGAAGCUCUGGAGGAUGAGAACCGCUCCCUGAAGACUCAGCUGGAGGAGGCCAAGAGAGGAGCCACCCGCCUGAGCAAGGAGAAGGACGAGCUGACCCGGCGGCUGGAGGAGAGGGAUCUGGAGAGGGAGGCACUGAGGAGGGGCAAGAGUGACCUGGAGGAGCAGAAGAGGCUUCUCGACCGAGCCCUGGAGAAGAUUAACAAAGAGAUGGAGAUAAUGAUGGGAGAUUCCCGUCAGUCAGUGGCCGCCCUUCAGACGCAACUUGAAGACUACAGGGAGCGCUCGAGGAAGGACAUGCUGGAAGCCCAGCGCAACUGCAAAGACCGGCUGGUGGAGCUGCAGAGGGCUCAGAACAACCUGAAGGCCCAGCAGGAAGAGGUUUCCCGUCUGAAGAAGGAGCUGCUGGCGUGCAGCGAGGAGAGAGACAGCGCUCAGUUGGAGAGAGACCUCCUCAGCAACCGCCUCAAACACUUGGACAGCGAGUUGGAAUCAGAGAAGAGCACCCACACCGACCGCACCAGGGAGAUCAGGGGCCUGGAGGAUAAGAUUAAGACCAUGGAGAUUGAACUGGAUGAGGAGAGGAGUAGCGUAGAGCUCCUGAACGACCGCAUCACACGCAGCAGAGAUCAGGUGGACCAGCUUCGCUCAGAGCUGAUGCAAGAGCGUUCGGCGAGACACGACCUUGAAAUGGACAAGAGCGCGCUUGAGAGACAGAUGAAGGAGUUGAAGUCCCGUGUGGCGGACAUGGAGGGACAGAAUCGGCCCUCGCCUGCACUCAACCUGCUGGAAAACAAAAUUCAAGAGUUGGAGGAGAGGCUACGCAGUGAAGAAAGAGAGAAGGCCAGUAUCCAGGCCUCGCAGAGACGAAUGGAGAGGAAGCUGAAAGAGCUAAAUGCCAUGUUAGACCUGGAGAGAAGCCAGCAUGUUGAGCAGAGAGAUCAGCUGUCUCUGCGUGUGAAGGCCUUGAAGAGGAAGGUGGACGAGAGCGAGGGAGAGGUGGAGCGCUUGGAGGGAGUCCGCCGGAAGGUUCUCAGAGACUUGGAGGAGCAGCAGGAGCUCCAGGAGGCCAUGCACGCCAAAGUCACAGCCCUGGAGACUGAACUAAAGCGGAAGUCACAGCAAACCCAUCGUGCAGCUCUGGGCUCCUCCGCUCUGAGCUCCGAGGACGAGGAGGGGUUCUACGACUCCAACAUCGCCUCCAUCCUGAACGAGAGCCACCCACAGACCAGCAACUGCUAAAAGGAAAAUGAAGAAAAAAAGGUCUUUCAUGUCUCCAGUGCAAACACUUAUAAGAUUUUUAUCAGAGAGAAGCACUCAGGGCGUCAUGGACUCGCUUGCAUGGAGAAACUCGGUUGCCAUGUGCUACAAACUUGCCUUGCAGUUGUUCUUCGGUUUUAUUUUUAGUACAGCGGUCCAACAGAGACAGGUUGUCAGGGUAAUUAGAUUGCAUUUCUUUUUUUUGAGCCCUCAGCUGUGAUAAUGAUUGCUUCACUGCUGUCAUGUUUUAUCUGUCUGGAGAUAUUCUGUUUGUCUGUUAUGCUGAGAAGAAGAAUUACAGUAACACUUCAAAAUACAAGGAUUGAUUUCAUGUACUUCAACUUGAAUCUUUUCAAAAAGGCUCUUUUUUUGUCGUGUGUUCUUUGUAUGGACUUUAUUUACUGUGGUAGCACAUUACUGGUUUAUGUUCAGAGGUCAUACAGUAGACUCGCAGAUUCAAACCACUUUUAAACCAAAAAAUAUUUUGUUAUCUUAUUCAGUCUUUUAUGUGUUUGCUUGCGCAUGAUAAAUUACAUCUGUCAGUGUUUUUAGCAAUUAAAGUGUUCUUUGUGUAUUGAGAGUGAUAUAAUUCUUCUUCUUUUUUUUACCUUUGAAUGUGAUAAUUACAGGUCAUUUAAACUGAGCCUUUAUUUUUACACUGUAUUAGCUGUGCAUACCUGCUACUCAAGACAAUCAAAUACAUGUUCAGUAGCACUGUGCAUCCUCUCCCUGUACACUUUUCUACUAAAACACCUUUACCACCAGAUUAAGUGGUUUGAUAUAUUCGUAAACUCAAUUUAUUUGCAUGUUUUCACUCAGAUGCCUUAAAAAGUAACCUCUAAUCUUGAUUUUCACUUCAUGUUGUCUCUGCAUGUGUUAUGUUCAUAUGCUGCUGCUGUAAUGCUUUAAAUAGUAUUUUCUAUGCUCGCCUGUGUUUGUGUUCUCCCGUACAUUCCCGUUGAAAGAAUCAUUGGCUUAGUCUGCGAGGCGUUCCACAUUUCUCUUUGUCGCACCUGUUUUUGAAUGUUGAUUGAUAUCUCCUAAUGACAUUUUGUCAUGUUGAUGUGUUGUUACAUUUUUAACAUGCCACUUGUCAAUUUGCACAGGGGUAAUUAAAGGCAAGGAUGCUAUGAAAUGAAGAAUAUGAUCGUUAA